UGUAAUCCACUUCCACUCUCACUACCUUUUCUUUUUGUCAAAAUAAUAAUAAUGUCUCCAAAUAUGACCAACAAAACAUGAUCCUACUUUGGAUUGGUUCGCCGCUCUCUUUCAUUCAUCUCUGCAAGUAACACAAUUCUGCUUCAGUUAACUGUACCUGUUUCACCAAUUUCAAUCUUGCUUCACUCUUUCAGGGUUUGUUGAAUUGAAUCAAGGUUCAUUUUGUUUUCCUUCCAAAUUGAGAAAUUUUGUAUUCACUUCGCAACUAUGUAUCCUGGUGGUUACACUGCUGAAGUUACAAGCUUAUCCCCAAGAGCUACAGAAAAGGAUGUGCACAAUUUCUUCACAUAUUGUGGCAUAAUUGAGAAUGUCGAAAUCAUCAGAUCCGAUGAAUGUUCAUCCACUGCAUAUGUGACUUUUAGAGAUGCUUAUGCCUUGGAAACUGCAUUGUUGCUGAAUGGAUCCAUGAUUUUGGACCAAUGCAUAUGCAUUUCGCGUGGUGCAGAUUACAUCGAUGACUGCCAUAAUUGGAACAGCCAUGAAUCAAAGCCUGAAUACAACGUUACAACCUCAGAAGACAUGCAUAUGGAUAAGUUUGUUUCUUCCCCUGGAGAAGCACUAGUUAUGGCGCAGGAGGUCGUAAAAACAAUGGUAGCUAAGGGAUAUGUCUUGGGAAAAGAUGCAUUUGUCAUGGCAAAAUCAUUUGAUGAAUCUUACAGUGUAUCAUCUACUGCGGCGACCAAGGUUGCCGAACUCAGCAGUAAAAUUGGGUUAACUGACAUAAUCAAUUCUGGUUCCGAAACCUUUAGAUCCGUCGAUGAGAAGUACCACGUUACAGACAUCACUAAAUCAGCUGCAACUGUGACCGGAACAACAGCUAUAGUAGUGGCAACAGUUACAGGGAAAGCCGCUGUGGCGACCAGUAAUGCCAUUGUCAACAGCAAAUACUUUGCAAAAGGGGCUCUCUGGGUUUCAGACAUGUUGAGCCGUGCCUCGAAAGCUGCCGCUGAUCUCGGGCAGCAUGGGAAGUGAAACUCCAAAGAUGUAAAUUGAUCUCAUAUAUGUUCAACUGUUAUAUGUACUCAAAAUAAACCAAUAGAAAUGCUUGUGUUAUUGAUCUAAGCUAUAGAGUAUGAGGAUUGAACUUGUUUGUGUAUCAUUUUUAGAAAUCAGAGAAAAAUGUAGAGUUUCUGUGUUA